AUGAGUACAUUAAUUAACUCGACAAUGAUAGAAAAUGAUUUUGAUCUGUAAUGUUCAAAAAAACACAAGUUGCCAAUCCAAAUGGUUGUCUUAGACUCAAAAUUAACCAAUAAUGAGAGACUACUUUGUUCCGAUUGUUUAGAAAAUUUUGAAUCCAAUGGCAAAAUGGUUGGUUUAACUAAAGUUCUAUAAAUAAUUGAUGAUAAAUACAGUAAAUUAAUAUAACAAAAUCUAAAUUUAACUUCAAGCACCAUUGAAUAAAUUGAAAUGAUUUAAGGUAGUUUGUUUGAAAUCAAAUCAAAUUUUAAUUAAACUAUCGAUCAAUUGAUUGGAAACUCAGAAGAAUGGAUUAAAUUUCUUUAUUAAGAAGGACAAAAAACCUACACUUAUAGUUUUUUUGAAGAAUUAGAGCUACUUAUUUAAAAUUAAUAAAGAGAGGAUUUAAAUCAAUAAAUUCUAAAAGAAAUUUAAUAUAUUAACCUAUCUUGGAUUACUAAAAUUAUUCAUAAGGUUUAAUAGUUCAAUUAGAAUUCUAAAACUUAAAUCAAAAAUCUAAGAUAAUAAAUAAUAAGUCUUGUAACAAAUUAUCAAACUAAAGAAAUAAAAUAGAAUAAAUAAGAUGGACCUAUCAAUCUUAAAUUAAUCAAUAAUACAUCUUAUUAGUCUGAUGAUUGCUUUGCAAUUUCAUUUAAUAACAUUGGAUCUCUUAUGAUUUCUGGAUGUGGGAAAUUUAUAAAAUUAUGGGAGUUUUAAAAUGGUAAUACAAAUGAAGUUUUGAAAUUGAAAGGACAUAAUGAUACAAUAAGAUGUCUUUCUUUCACUCAUUCAAAUAAUAGUUUCAUUUCUGGUUCUGGGGAUUGCUCAAUUAGAUGUUGGAAGUAACUCAAUUUUAAGUCUUGGAAAUCUUCAGAACCAUAUAAUGAUCAUACUGAUUAAAUUGAGUGUAUACUCUUGAGUAAAGAUGACACUUAAUUGAUUUCAAGUAGUCAAGACAAAUCAAUUAAAAUUUGGAGCUUUGAUAUUAACAAAAAUGAAAUGAAAUUACAAUAAACAUUAAAUGAAAGCAAACACUGUCUAAAUAGCAUAUCAUUGAAUUUUAGUGAAACUAUUUUGGUUUCAUGUGGAGAUUAAAACGAAAUUAUUGUAUGGGGAAAGACCAAAUUAAAUUAUUGGGAGUAUUUAAAUACUAUUACACAAUCAUAUAAUGAAUAUGGUACUAAAGUGUGUUUCUUAAAAGAUGAUUAAUUUAUUUGGAUAAGCGGUGAUAUAUUAAGCGGAAAUUAAGCAAGAAUAUUUCAAUUUUAAGGUGGCAAAUUUAUAGAAAAUACAUCAUAGACUAUAGAAUUAGAGAAUGAUAAUGAAUGCUAUGAUUUAAAUUUGUUUCCAAUAGUACACAAUAAAGAAUAAAACAUUAUACUAAUUCGACAUAAAUUUAAUAUCUAUCUGCUUAGGGAAUAAAAUGAUGGUUCGUAUAAAAUAGUUUAGAAGGUUAAAUAACUUAGCAAUUCGACUUAGGGGUCUAUGACAAAAGAUGCUAAAUAUUUAACUUUUUGGGAUUCCAAUUAAAAAAUCUAUACGACUUAUGAAAUAGAAUCGAAAUGA